AUGAACCGCAAACAAACAGGGCUAGGCGUGCUCGCCGCUACCUAUAUUCUAGUACUUAUUUCCAUUUACUCAUUAUGGAAGGUACGACAAAACCAGUAUGGAUUAUACUACUGGUGUGCGAUUUUACUUUCACCAGUAAUGUUUUGGCUUUGGAGCGUGAUUUCCUGGUGUGGAGCGCAGGUAUUUUCCAAUGCGAAAAGAGAAUAG